CCGCAGUCUAGUUCUGCCGCUGUUUACGAUUUUCAACUGCGUAAUAAAAUGCCGAGUGCAUAAAAACUCGGAAAUCUCCCGACUUCCGUGCGGUCAAGACAACUGUGACGUCGCGGAGAAAAAAUAAGCACCGACUCGAAAUAAUCGUUUCGAACGAUAAUCCAACUCGGAAUUUGGAAGGACGGAAACAAGAGCAUCUUUCUAGAGCUCCGACCUGAACACUACUGACGUCAUGAUUUGACCUCGUUUUUUCAGUUCCCAGUUGUAUUGAAAGCAAUAAAAGGAAGUCCUCAUAUGUCGUCAUUUCGCCGUGCAUAGAAAAAAAAUCGGAAGAAAACAAGCUCAAUCCAAGCCGGUUUUUUUAUUUGGUGCUUCAUUAUUUUUCGGUCGCGGGUGAAAGUAGGCGGAGAUGAGGGGACUCCUGCCGUUUUACCGAGCUCUGAACGCCCUGUGUAACCGACAAGUCAGGCGAAGAGCUGGAUUUGCCGGUUCUGAGUGCGGGUUUAGCGGAAUCGUGUCUAUUAGCAAGCCACAGCCAUGCUUUGGCCUGCUGUUUGACAUCGAUGGUGUGCUUGUCCGGGGAAAGAUACCCAUCCCUGCUGCAAAAAAGGCUUUCCAAAAACUGGUCAACUCCCAGGGACAAUUUGUGGUACCAGUUGUUUUUGUCACCAACGCAGGGAAUUGUAUGCGGCAGAUGAAAGCAGACCAGCUCUCGCACAUCCUGGGAGUGCCUAUCACCAUGGACCAGGUGAUGAUGUCACACAGUCCACUGAGGAUGUUCAAGAAAUACCAUGACAAGUGUGUUCUGGUGUCAGGACAAGGGCCCGUCCUGGAUAUUGCCAAAAACUUGGGCUUCCAGAAUGUGGUCAGUAUCGACAUGUUGAGAGAAUCCUUUCCUCUGCUGGACAUGGUGGACCACAACAGACGGCCCAAACUGCCGUCCAGUCCUAUUGCCAACCUUCCCACAGUAGAAGCGGUUAUUCUGUUUGGGGAGCCCAUCCGAUGGGAGACCAACCUCCAGCUGAUAAUUGAUAUCCUUCUGACCAAUGGGAACCUGAGCGGAGCCCACCAGACCCAAAAGCUUCCCCACCUCCCCCUGCUGGCCUGCAACAUGGAUCUCAUGUGGAUGGCUGAGGCCCAGUCUCCACGGUUUGGUCAUGGGACAUUCCUGGUGUGCCUGGAGAACAUCUACAAGAAGAUAACGGGUAAAGAGGUGAAGUACAAAGCUCUGAUGGGGAAGCCCAGUGAACUGACCUACCACUUUGCUGAGUACCUCAUCAGAGGCCAGGCUGUGGAGAGAAAUUGGACACAGCCCAUCACCUCCCUCUAUGCUAUUGGGGAUAACCUGAUGACUGACAUCUAUGGGGCCAACCUCUACAGUUGUUACCUGAAGGAGAGGAACAGGAGGAAGAACUCCAAAGCUGUCGCCAAGAUGGCCACUGGCACUGGCUCUAAUGCACCCCUUCCCCAGGACAAUGACCACGUAGAGAACGCCUGGGAGAGCGAGCUGGCACCCCCCUCCGCCACCUCCUGCAAGUCCAUCCUGGUGUGUACUGGGGUGUACAACCCCCACACGGAGGUGCCCACUUAUGCCAACAAGUGCAUCAAGGAGACUGUGUUUCACGGGCAUCGCGACUUCCGCUUUGACCCGGCGUUGGUAGAACCCGGGCACAUCGUGCAGGAUGUGGCUGACGCCGUGGAGCUUAUCUUUGAGCAGGAGAAGUUUGUGCCUCAGUAAUGUUUUCAGAUUGGUGUCGUCAUGGAGACCUCCUUAGUAGAGGUCUCAGGUUUGCCUGUGCCGGCCAUAGAAUUAGAAUUGAUUAUGUUCAAAUUCUAUGGUUCUGGCUUAAAAAGGAGGGGGUUCCUAAAAAUUGAUACAGAGCAGACCUGAUCAAUAUCCAGUGUUGUGCAGAUUUGUUUUGUAUGAUACGAUGGACCAGAUUAGUCUUAACUGGGAAACACCACUUACUGAGUUACUUUGGACAGUGUUUACAACUUGGCAGUGCAUUGAAGGAACUUAAUAGGUCAUAUUCAAACUCAAAACGGUGUAAAGUACUGUAGUGAGAUUUAACUGUUAUUCAUUCUGUUGUAUUGUUCUAUAGUGGGCUUAAAACGAUUUAAGUUCUGCACAAUUACCCGCUUUUACGGAAUGGCAGUUGAUUUUAAUGAAAGCCUUAUUUAAUAGUAUUAUGAAUAAGUAUUUUCUUAGUUGUGAUUAUGUACAAAGAUUAUGACAAUCUUUAAAAUUGUUAAUUUGGUUUAAGUGGUCUUAUGUAUCUUAAUGACUACAAUAAGUUAUAAAUAUUUUUAUGAAUUCUAUGUAAUUCAUAUGUUUUCAAUUCCUUCUCAAACUGACCAUAUUACUGUCUACCAUACGUUUUGUCUGUUACAUCUAUGCAUAGAUGGUUCUAAUAUUAAUUUAGCCUUAAGAUGCUUUUGGGAAACCGGGCCCUGUACUGUAAGAACACCUAUUUGAUAUUUAGGGUGCAAUGCCGUCCUUCAACUGUGCUGUCUACAUUAUUUCUAGCAAUGUAAACCAUGUAACCUGUAUUUGCACGGAACAAAACGAUUCAUUCUCAUUUAAUGUUACCAUAUCUUGCCGAGCUAGUAAACCUGCCCUUUGUUGUAAAUGUACCAUUUGUCGUAUGCGUUUAAACUUUGACCACAGAUGCAAAGACUGUAUCUAGCCACUUAUAUUUAUAUAAAAUAUAGGAAUAUAAGAGAAGCUAUUCUAUCAUAGGUGUAUUAACCAUGCAUUUCAGUUGAUGCGUUACAUAUUUUAUAAGAUAUGAAAAUAGCGUAGCCUUAAAAAAAGAAAAAAAGCUGGCUACCUGUUCUUCAGUGCUGAUGAUAUAGCAUGGGUUUGUUAACAUGAAAACAAACGACUCCAUAGAAAAUAAAACAUGCU